UGUACUUCCUCUGCUAUGCGCGCGCACGCAGACGCGCACGCUCCCGCACAGGGAGCGAAGUGGAAAGUGUUUGGAUUCGAGCGCAAGAGCAGAGCACACUUCUGCAGAAAUUCAUGCGAACGUAUCCGGCGUCCAAAGGACAUCCAACCACCGCGUUCAGCGCCAGGAAGUGGAGCUUUCUUCUUUCUCUCUCUCGUCGCGCUGAUGUGAGAUGGUGACAAAUCUCCUGGUGGUACAGACGCAAGACUGCGAGCGGCGUGUAAAUGUUGUGAUUUGGCGACAGGAAGUCAUGUUUUCAUCCCAAGAAAUGUGAAGCGAGAGAACACCAAGGAGGACAAGCAGGACGCGUUGCGGAAGAUCGUCUGUCGAUGUCGUCCGAAAGCAGCUCGCCACCGCCGCCUUCGCCCCCUCGGCGCGCGUCUCCCCAGACUCCCUCGCCGCCGCCCGUCCCGCCCGACGGCCUUCGCGGGCGGCUGUACGACGGCCCGGCCGGCGGCUCCGUCCACGCCGUCUCCUUCCUGCUCCAGAUCGGACUCACCCGGGAGCCGCUGACCCUGGACGCCGCCGACCUCUCGUUGUCGGCCGUCAUCGAGUUCAUCUGCGCCGUCGUCGAUCACAAGUUCCCGGAAUGCGGAUUGUUGGGGCUGCGCGACAAGAUCUUGCUCUUCCGCCACGACCUCAACUCGGACAACAUCCUGCAGCGGGUCACCGCCGCAGAGGAGAUUCACGAGGGCGACCUGGUCGAGGCGGUCCUGUCAGCUCUGGCGUCGUCUGACGACUUUCAGAUCGGCCCUCACGCGCUCUACGUGCACUCGUACCGCGCGCCCGCCUUCUGCGAUCACUGCGGCCAGAUGCUGUGGGGGCUCGUACGCCAGGGCCUCAAAUGUGACGGUUGUGGUCUCAACUUCCACAAGCGUUGUGCGUUGAAGAUUCCAAACAACUGCAGCGGUUUCAGAAAGAGACGAGUCUCCAACGUUUCCGUGAGCAGCGGACCCGCUUCCCUGGCACGCCCGCCUUCCGGAGACUUCCCCAAAAGGAACAGCAGCCUGCAGGAUGAGCAGCGUGACUCUCUGCUGAGCAGCCAUCCCGCCUGGAUGGAGAAGACGCUCCCGGGCCGUGUGAAGUUGCCCCACACGUUCUCCGUGCACACGUACACACGACCCACCGUGUGUCAGCACUGCAAGCGUCUGCUCAAGGGUCUCUUCAGACAAGGCCUGCAGUGCAAAGAUUGUAAGUUCAACUGCCACAAGAGAUGCGCAGCCAAAGUUGCUCGAGACUGCAUGGGGGAGGUCCACUUCAAUGGAGGAACCUCCAGUCCCACCCUGGACGCAGAGUCCACCAUCGAGGUGGACUACAGUCAUGUCGGCAUCGACGGAGGACACAGCGCCGCCGAGCAGGACCGAGCGGCCGUGUUGGAGGUUUGCAAGAUCUCCAAUGACGGAUCCCGCAAGGAUCCGGAGAAGGACGAGGAGUGUGCGCGUGCGUGCAGCCCGUCGACCGGCAGCAACAUCCCUCUGAUGCGAGUGGUUCAGUCCAUCAAGAACGCCAAAAGGAGAAGCUCCACUGUGGUCAAAGAAGGUUGGAUGGUCCACUACAGUAGUCAUGACAACAUGAGGAAGAGACACUUCUGGCGUCUGGACUGCAAAAGUCUGACGCUGUUCCAGAACCACAGCGGAGCCAAGUUCUACAAGGAGCUGUCGUUGUCGGAGAUCCUGCGCGUGGAGGCGUCACAGGAAGUCGUCGGUCCGACGGCGGGCAGCAACGCUCCGUGCUUCCGCUUGGUCCUGUCGUCCGGCCCCGUCUACUACGUGGGCGAAGACGAUGGCGGCGCGGCUCAGGAAAUGGGCCGCAGCUGGGAGAAGGCCAUCUGCCGUGCCAUGAUGCCCCUCACACCCAAGCCCAGCCUGGGCACCGGACAGGGGUGGAAACACAAGGAGCUGACCAUCUGCAUAUCAGUUUGUAACUCGCAGAUCCAAGAGAAUGUGGAUAUUAGCUCCGUCUAUCAAAUCUUUGCUGAGGACGUUCUUGGGUCAGGACAGUUUGGCAUCGUGUACGGAGGCCAACACAGGAAGACCGGUCGAGACGUGGCCAUCAAGAUCAUCGACAAGAUGAGAUUCCCUACAAAGCAGGAGAGCCAGCUGCGGAACGAGGUGGCCAUCUUGCAGAACUUGAAGCACCCCGGCAUCGUAAACCUGGACUGUAUGUUCGAGACCCCCGAGCAGGUGUUUGUGGUCAUGGAGAAGCUCCACGGUGACAUGUUAGAGAUGAUCUUGUCCAGCGAAAAGAGUCGCCUGCCCGAGCGUCUCACCAAGUUCUUGGUGACGCAGAUCCUGGUGGCCCUCAGACAUCUUCACUUCAAAAACAUCGUCCACUGCGACCUGAAGCCUGAAAACGUCCUCCUGGCAUCAGCUGAACCUUUGCCUCAGGUGAAGCUGUGCGACUUUGGCUUCGCCCGCAUCAUCGGCGAGAAGUCGUUCCGCCGCUCUGUGGUGGGCACGCCGGCCUACCUGGCGCCGGAGGUUCUUCGCAGCAAAGGCUACAACCGCUCGCUGGACAUGUGGUCGGUAGGCGUCAUCGUCUACGUCAGCCUGAGCGGAACCUUCCCCUUCAACGAGGACGAGGACAUCAACGAUCAGAUCCAGAACGCCGCCUUCAUGUACCCGCCCAGUCCUUGGAAGGAGAUCUCUGAGGAUGCGACAGACCUGAUCAACAACCUGCUGCAGGUGAAGAUGAGGAAGCGCUACAGUGUGGACAAAUCUCUAAGUCACCCGUGGCUGCAGGACUUCAACACGUGGAAGGACCUUCGGGAGCUGGAGAUGCGACAAGGCGACCGCUACAUCACACAUCAGAGUGACGACGCACGCUGGGAGGAAUUCGCUGAACACAGGGGACUGCAGCACACGCAAUGCACGUCCGCCUCCUCGCCCCGGGCGGACCGCGUGGACCAGGACUCCUAGUGCACGACUUCUUGGACAUUUGGAGGAAAAGUGGAUCUCGGUGAACCCCGCGACCGGUAGCUGCGCCGGGCUCUUCUUGUCCAGCUUGAGCCCGGCGGCCGUCUGGGGCGCGGCGAGGCGGCGAGGGUGCAGCAGCCCGAAGAACAGGAAGCGGUCGCCCAUCUUGGCGCCGUCCGUCAGCGCCUCGUAGGCGCCAAUCAGCUGCUGUCUGGUUGACUGGUCGCCGCAGUUCCUCAGCAGGACCUGCGCGGCGGGACAAACGCGGAGGCGAUCGUCAUCAUGCACUAGAGGAUCCCGUUGGAGCAUUUAUUCAAUGUCCUUCUAGUGCACGGAAUUGAACAUGUACUAGUAUGCGUGUCGCUGUGUCACUAGUAAGACAAUUCAAUGCACUAGUAGAAUGACCAGGGCACACUAGUAUAACGACUAUCUUACUAGUAAGGUUUUUAGUCACUACUAGUGUCACUUUUGACUGACUCAUACACCAUGAAACCUUGCUAGUAAACUGUUUCGCUAGUAACACAACUAGGCUCAACGAGUAGGCAUCUGUCAUGCACUAGUGUGAACUACUGCAGUUUUGCCUCACUAGUGACAUGUAACUCAGAUGAUAACGACCGCACAGUUUUGCCUUUAGAGUAACAUGUAGUUGUUCUGCAAGUGCGACUGUCAUUUCACUAGCCAACGGUUGAGAAGCGUACUGACCUGCAUGCGUGCGUCGAUGCCCAUGUUCUUCAAGAACGACCUCUGGGUGACCGGCCCCAAGCAGGCAACGCCCAUUCCCGCCACGCGCCGCACGUAAGCGAAAUCCACAUCGGCGGUGAGGUCGGCGCAGCCGGGAGACGCCAGCACAUCGUGGAGACGGUGACCUUUGAACCCCUAACGGGAAAAGAUAGUAUGACGCGCGGCGGCCAAUCGGAGCUCAGCAUGAUGUCGUGGUGAUGUCAAUCGCGGUGGACGCCCCCUACCCGGAAGGUGUCGGUCUUGGCGCCGUCGUGGCCGUAGUCGGCGAUCAGCGCCGCCCCGCCGUGCUCGGCCACCCGGCGCGCCAGCUGCUGGAUGAUGACGCCGCCCUCGGCGCAAACCUCCACAUGCUCCCGAUUUUCGUCACGCUAGACACAAACACACAGGUUUCAACCGCACAAAACAAGGGGUCAGAACUGAGCAAAAAUGUUCCAGAAAAAUCGGGUGAUCCGGCCAACCAAACAUUUACUUUAUCAAGAGUCCUGUCAUAUUUGUUCGAUUCUGUAAUAAUUUUCCGCCCCCCCCAAAAAAAAUGUUAGCUGAAAGUUAAAAUUAUUAUUACUUAAUGAUUUUUUUUUUUUAAAUCUAUUGAUUCAUUUUUUUUAUUUUCUUUUCUUUUAUCUCAAAAAUAAAAUGGUAAAAUUAACCAUUUUACCUAUCGCUGACACCGGGCAGAAACCUCUUACGUACUGCAGUGUAGAUUGUGUAGGAUGGCGACCCCAAGUGGACAAAAAUAAUACUUGCACCUCACAUGCAUAUGUUGUAUUGGCCUUGUUGUUUAAUAAUCCAAAAUCAAUUGGAACAAUCGGUAGAAUAAUCAAAUAAAAAAAAAUUUGGACAGCCCCAGCCCUAAAUAGACCAAAAAAUGCAACUGAAAGCGACCCCUGCAACCCCUGCAGCCACUGACCUGCACGAGAGUGGUUGACGCAAGGGUGGGCGACGGCGCCAGCACGAACCUCAACUGGCCCGGCUUGUCUACGUCCACGUCCACCAUCACCUCACGCCAGCCUCGCUCGGUCCGCUGGCACCGAAGAAGAAAAACAGAAAUCAGUGUCAAACAACCUUAAGCUGUAUAUAACACACAUUAAUGAAUGCAUAUUAUGUUAAAACAUUUUAUAAAAGAACAACAGAAAAAGAUAUUUACACUGGGCGGCACGGUGGACGACUGGUUAGAGCGUCAGCCUCACAGUUCUGAGGACCCGGGUUCAAUCCCCGGCCCCGCCUGUGUGGAGUUUGCAUGUUCUCCCCGUGCCUGCGUGGGUUUUCUCCCACAUCCCAAAAACAUGCAUUAAUUGGAGACUCUAAAUUGCCCGUAGGCAUGACUGGGAGUGCGAAUGGUUGUUUGUUUCUAUGUGCCCUGCGAUUGGCUGGCAACCAGUUCAGGGUGUACCCCGCCUCCUGCCCGAUGACAGCUGGGAGAGGCUCCAGCACGCCCGCGACCCUAGUGAGGAGAAGCGCCUCAGAAAGUGGAUGGACGGACAUAUUUAUCCAAUUUAAAAAAAUAAAUAAAUACUUAUGUCUUCUGUACUACAGUAUACAUGGGCAUGAAAAUAAAACGAUUUUAACAAAGUCUGGCACGACUAUUACCCUGGUCAAACCCACAGUACAUUUAAAUGUGUGUUUGUUUUCACACAUUUGUUUUAAUGUAUUUUUUUACAUAUCGCUGGGUUAAAAAAAAAAAUUGGAAUGUAAUUUUUUUUCUAAUAUCGUACAGCCCUAGUCUGAGCCCUGCUGUGAAUAUCCACGAGUAAUUGAUGCACCCUGAAAAAGGCUUAAUUACCUUUGGAUGCCACAAAAUGGUGGCAAAGCACUACUUUUGUAUUAGGUCUCUGGCCUGACUCAAUGAAGCUCCUCCCCUCCCUUCAAAAUAGUUCCUUGGCACAAAGAUGGCACCUAUGCAAUAAUUUUUGAUUAGACAGGGCUUUGGCCUAAGUACCAAAUUGUGGAUACAUUAGCUUUUCAGCAAAGAACGGAGGAAAAGCAAAAACCAAAAUAGAGAAUAAAAAUGUGGGAAAUUAUUUGCUUGCCGCUAUUUUCCAUGACUUCUGAUUUCAAAUACAAUUUAUUCUAAAAAAAAAUAUAUAAAACAACAACAAAAUGCAGGGGCAAAUGUGUAUAUAUAUAAUUAUAUGAUUUUCAUUUCGGUCAGAACAGCCACAACUAUGAUGUGUCCCCUGAGGAAAAGGAGUUUGAAACCCCUGCUGAGUCGAGUGGAAGUGAACAACAGUAGGUUCGUUUCAACGGGACUAAUUUAAGCCUUAAAAUACUCCUCCCACACUUUUUAAACACAUUGUUAACAUAUUUGAACACAAACAAAAUGUACAGAAAAAUCUGUGAUUUAGCCAGACCAAAAAAAAUGACAUGCUCCACCCUCAGAAAUUGCGUUGAGGGAUUCCCAGCGCUGCAUUUAAAAACCAACAAAAAUCAGCUGUGUUUACUUCAUAUGAGUUUGUUUUAACUAAGAUUAUACUGCAAAUUGUGUAGUACCAAGAACUAAAGGUUAUGGCACUUAGGCAGGGAAGGUGCCAAAAGAAACUCUUGUUGGUACCUGGAACUUGUGUAUGGGCAGCGCGUCAAAGAACUCAUGAGCCAGAAAGAUGCUGAAGCCUAGAUAAGAAGAAAAACUUGUUAAUUUCUUCUACAUGUUCUGUUCUGCUUACAGUGAACUCCCGUUUAUCACGGGAGAUACGUUCCAGACCCACGUUUUAAAUACCACUUAAAAAAAUCAACGAUGUGGCGAGGGCACAAAAGGUGAACUACGAUAUAGCAGGGGUUCUCGUCCACGCUUUUGGGCUCACCAGGCGGGACGUCCUCCAAGCGGCGGUACCAGGACACCGGCAGGCCGGCAGCUGUUCGGCCGUGCCGGUAAACGGGCUCAUCUUCCCGCUCCGCCUCAGUGCUGCCGGUCCCGACCAGAGUCUGCGCCUGCAGACGACUCAGAAGCGGACUCACCUCCACCAAGUGCAGCGACACUGAAGCCCCGCUCAGCACAGACUGCAGCUGAGUGAAAACCUGCAGAGGAAGUGACUAAAUGCGAUGAUGAUGUUCGUCACCGAAAAGACAAAACGACGUCGAGGCGGUCCCGUCGUACUCGGAGAACGUCGCUGGCCAAAGAUCCUUUCCCCGGUCCCAGCUCCACCAGCUGGAGCUGUUUGGGCCGACCCGCUGCCAUCCACUCGCUGACCACCCACACGCCCAACAGCUGCACAAACAGGAAGUAAAUGAGUAAAUAAAUUUUAUUUAAGUAGCACUUAUGAUCCAUCCAUCCAUUUUCUGAGCCGCUUUUCCUAACGAGGGUCGCGGGCACCCUGGAGCCUAUCCCAGCCAUCAUCGGGCAGAAGGCGGGGUACACUCUGAACUGGU